CGAAACAUAUUUUGACACCACCGGUGAUGGAGGUAUCAGCCAAGAAGAGUUCGUAACGGGCAUGACCAAAUUGGCUCUAACCCUUUUAGAUCAGACUCCGUCACAAAUAGCAACAUCCGGACAGAUAACCAGUCCAGAGCAGGAAGCGCUGUUAGGUAGAAUCACGAGCACGAGCCGAGCAGCCAGCACUUCUUGGUCGAUUUACAUCAGAGCAACUUUAUCCUUGGCAUUUGGAAUCGCAAUCGCGUGCACCCUUUCACAGCCAUUGUCGAAGUCAAUCUCGGAUUUCGCCACAGCAGCAAACGUGUCAUCCUUCUGGGUUUCGUAUUUGGUUCUUCCUCUCGCUCUGAACUAUGGCACUAUCCUCCAAACAAUUACUUCGGCCUCACAGAAGUCGCAGAGGACCAACUCUUUGAUGCUGUCUUCGCUAUAUUCUGGUGUGUUCAUGGGAAAUAUUAUCGGUUUGCUUCCAUUCCUCGUGCCGGUAUACUUCCGCGACUUGUCAUCAGAUGUCACGGCAGAGCUUCACCUGGUUCUGUUGAUAUGCCUCAUCAUGGGCGGAUUCACUAGCUUCAACACCACGUUUCCACGCUGGACGGGCUAUGUAGCACUAAUUCUAUACCCGAUAUCUCUAGGGACUGUCUACGUUAUCACCUCUGUUCAGUCUUAAAAUCCCAAUAUGUUAUCACUCUAUAGCAAUUCAUUUGAUGUGUAUUUUCAAGAAAGUAUAAGCAAUCAUCAAUCUAUAGCAAUUCAUUUGGUAUGUAUUUUCAAGAAAGUGUAAGCAAUCAUCUCUGUAAUUUCUUUUGUUUAAUAGUACACUAUAAUCUAAAUAUUCA